AUGUCGUUUGAGUUAACUUCAAUUUCAAGAAAGAGAAGCAGUAAAGGACUGAAAGAGAAGAGGAAAAGGGUAAGAUUUAUUACUCGUCUUUAAAUCCUGAUAUUUUGAUUGAGUUUCAUAAUAUAUAGGGCAAUUCACGCCAUUGGGAACCGUAUAAGAACCUUCAGCCACCGAGUAAAUUACUUCUCUCAAAAUAUAGGCGCAUAUUACUGUGAAGAAGAUGAGGAGAGGUAAGCCUUACCUGAAUUUUUACAAUUCCCAUAGCAUUCAUCUUUCUGAUCACGUUGGGAGUUUUUAUUCAAAGCCGCCAAUUUUCGGGUACCCAGUCCUGAACUUCAGUGAUAUAAAUUCAGACCAUUACUUGGCAGAAGAAUCUGAUACUGAAUUGUUUUUUCAAAGUUCAAACUCUAGAAAUAUGAUAAACCCAACAAGAAGGUCUUUUUGACAUGAGAGCAAGAGGAUGAGGUCUAAACAAACCCAGAUGAUGGAUCGAGUCCUGACCUGUUUCACUUAUGGAAAGCCCUUAUUACGUAACUCCAGGUCUCAGGUGAAACAAUUUAUUAAGCGAUCAUAUAACAACGGACGGGAUUUGAUCACUCGAAAGGAUCAGAGCAGACGCAAUAAAGUUAUUUUUCACAAACAGAAAUCCCUCACAGAAUUGGAGCUAUAUCGCUCCUGGGUGCUUCACAAAGGAAAUGGGCUUGACUGGAAAGUCCCAAAGAAGCGUCAGAGGAGGAAAUAUGGCAAAUUUUACAAUUUUGACUUCUCCUCCACUAUCUUUGACAAUAAGAAGGAAUUCACAUUGGAAAUCAAGAGUGAAUGAUCUUCUAUUUGUGAUGAAAUUGACAAGAUCUCGUUCUGAUCUGACCGCGUUCAGAAAAGGUUUAGGACAUACGAGAGUGACGAGGAGCAGAGCUCAGACGAUACCAGUGUAGAAAGGAGAAGGAAAGAAAAAUAUCUUUCUAAACAGAAACAUAAGUUAAAACUUUCAAAAACUAUUAAAGUUAAGUUAAAAGCGUAUUUUACAAAGAAAAAUAAGAAAAAGAAGCAAAAGGAGGCACUUAAAUCUCCAAAAGACAAUAUAAAUUACUCAAUCAACCUGAAAGAGAUGAGUUCACAAUUUAACCGGAACUACAUCAUCAGAGAAAAGUCAGAAAUGAUUGAAAACCUCAUACCAGAAAUGGGGGUCUGAAAUCUCUCUUUAUCUACUCUGGAGAAGACUCCUUUAAUGAACAAAUUAUUUGUGAUAAAAUAAGAAGAAAAUGCUUGAAAAAUCGCAUAAUGAUCGACAGAUAAUGAGGAAAACUUUUGUAGAUCCCGAAGCUUUUAGAAAUUCCAAAGCAGUUAGGAACAUCAUGAAGCUGAAGAGGAACAGGAGCACUGGGCAUUAUUUCACACCUCAGAUCCAGUCAAGGCCUUCUCAAAGACCCAGGAGUAAAGAAUCGCCACAACUCCCAUUAAAAUCUAGAAAAAAUAUUUUUCUAAAGAAACUUCGCAACCAAAAGACUCUCUGCUUGAAAAAGGUCAGAGUAUUAACAGGAAGUGAGACCAGGAACACCCUCUCAAGGCACAGCAAUGUUCUGAACCAGACUUAUUGGUAUUAGGGCUAUCUCAA